AUGAAUAUUGUACCGGACCAAGAAGAGGAGGUGGCCAAUGAUGAACAUCAGGGAAACAACAACAGUUUAAAAGCUUUGGACGAAAAUGAAGCGAAACGAAUUGCACUAACAAUCCAUAAUCUCACGGAUGACGGAAAAUGGCUUAUUGCUGCUUGGACUGAGUGGUCCUAUAAACAGUUAGGAAUUAGAUCGAGAGGCGACAGACAUCGAACACAUAAAGUUGAGAUUGACGAAGGAGCAGCAGGCGAUAGUAAGGAGAAGAAAGAGGGCCAUCAUCGAGGGCAUAAAUUCAGAAAACAUGGCCAUACUGGUAGUGCAGAAGGGGAACACGGCAAGCUUCCGGCAAGUCACAGAAUCAUCGUAGAUGAAGGCGAAAACAGAGUGCAGCUACCCUCGGAUGAACCAGUUCCUUCCGGUAAUUCUUCACUUCUGUGA